GACAAGGUUUCACAUGAUAGGCUGCUCUGGAAAGGAGAGAGAGCUGAAUGGAUAACAAAUUGGCUUCAUGGAACGAAGCAGAGGAUGAUGGUGGAAGGUUGCUUCUCGGACUGGAGGCCUGUGACUAGUGGCGUGCCUCAGGGUUCAGUGCUGGGCCCAUUACUGUUUGUCAUCUGCAUCAAUGAUUUGGAUGAGAACAUACAGGACAAGAUUAGCAUGUUUGCUGAUGAUACAAAAGUGGGUGGUUUUGCAGAUAGUGAAGAUGGUUGUGAAAGAUUGCAGCAGGAUCUCGAUCGAUUGGCCAGGUGGAAUGAUUAAUGGAAUUUAAAAUAGAGAAAUGUGCGGUGUUACAUUUUGGGAUGUCUAACAAGGGAAGGACCUACACGGUGAAUAGUAGGCAUCUGGGGAGUGUUGUAGAGUGCAGGUGCAUGGUUCCUUGAAGGUCGAGUUGCAGGUAGAUAUGGUGGUCAAAAAGGCUUUUGGCAUUCAUCAGUCAGAGCAUUGAGUAUCGGUUGGGAGGUCAUGUUGCAGUUUUAUAAGACGUUGGUAAGACCGCAUUUAGUGUAUUGUGUUCAGUUCUGGGCACCAUGUUAUAGGAAAGAUAUUGCCAAGCAUGAAAGGGUUCAGAGAAGAUUUGAGCUACAGGGAGAGAUUGAGUAGGCUGGGUCUCUAUUCCUUGGAGCACAGGAGGAUGAGGGGUGAUCUUGUAGAGGUGUAUAAAAUCAUGAGAGGAAUAGAUCGGGUAGAUGCACAGAAUCUCUUGCCCAGAGUAAGGGAAUCGAGGACCAGUAGACAUUGGUACAUGGUGAAGGGGAAAAGAUUUAAUAGGAAUCUGAGGGGUGACUUUUUAACGCAAGGGUGGUGGGUGUAUGGAACAAGCUGCCAGAGGAGUUGAGGCUGGGAUUAUCCCAAUGCUUAAGAAGCAGUUAGACGGGUACAUGGAUAGGACAGAUUUGGAGGGAUAUGCACCAAGCGUAGGCAGGUGGGACAAGUAUAGCUGGGAUGUGUUGGCCGAUAUGGGCAAGUUGAGCAGAAAGGCCUGUUUCCACACUGUAUCACUCUAUGACUUCUAUUCAUAUAAAGCCGUUUACAAUCUCUGGAUUUGUUUCACCUUUCCAGACUAUGAGAUACUUUUAAAGUAACCGUAGUGUAACAAAUAUGUCAGUUGCUAUGUACACAAACAUCAAUGUAUUAAUAAUACCAGCUGAUCAGUUUUAGUGAUAGAACAAUAAAUUGGAGAAUUCUGCUCCUUUGUGAAAGUGCACCAUUGGAUUUCUUGCAUCCACCUGGCACAGCACUAGUUUAAUGUCUCAUGAAACACCAGUUUUCAAUGGUUUAGAACUCCCUCAGAAUUUAAUUAAAGAGUCAGUUUAGAUUAUGCAAUCUGGUCAGUGAUCUAACACUAUUAUUCCUGCAAUUUUAGUUUUGUUAUUUUGUGAUGUGUCCUGGAUUAGAAUGAUUAUUAUGACAGGUGUGAAAUUUAUGGCAGUGGUGCAACAAAAUUACAGGCUGGUAAUUUAUAACAUGAACAUCCUCCUGACAACGUGUUGUUUCUGUUUGGGUCGCAAUAAAGGGCGGUAGAGGUGGAGUGGAAAAAGGAGCUGUGUUGGAUCAGAAAGGAAGACGAUAUUCCCCCAAUCCCAUUCUCAAGUCUCCAAAUGUUUAAAGCACUUUUAGGCAUGAAGUAUAUGCAGGAAACGAUGAAUUUUCUCUUCACUAUUUACGGAAUAUGAAACAUAGAAACACAGAAAAUAGGUGCAGGAAUAGGCCAUUCGGCCCUUCGAGCCUGCACCGCCAUUCAAUAUGAUCAUGGCUGAUCAUCCGACUCAGUAUCCUGUACUUGCCUUCUCUCCAUACCCACUGAUCCCUUUAGCCACAAGGGCCACAUCUAACUCCCUCUUAAAUAUAGCCAAUGAACUGGCCACAACUACCUUCUGUGGCAGAUAAUUCCAGAGAUUCACCACUCUCUGUGUGAAAAAUGUUUUUCUCAUCUCGACGAAGAUGGCUAUGGUAAAGAAGGAACUGUAGGACAACUGCCUGUAGCAUACAACCGGCAACAUGGUGCCGUAGUUCUCAAAGCAGGUUGAUCCAAGAACUGAGCUUGCUGGAAAAGUCCUCAUUGCGGUGACACUUCUCCUUUAAAAGAUGGGGGCGGUCGGAAAAAAGACAGUUGAGCUUUCUCACACUUUAACCACAGCGGUGAGGGAAUUGCAAGGAGGGGCUAAGUUAAGUAGCACCAAUUGCUUAUACUGGUUUAUUUUUGGGCAUGAGCCCACCCUACUUGUUGCUGAGGAAAUAUAUAUUUUUAAACCCUGAGCAUCGUCAUUAUUCGGCGCCAGUGUUUCUACUCUGACAAAUCUGGUCAAACAGUUGAUCAUCUUUGCGCUUCAGGUCAUGUUGUAACUAUAGCAAUGUUUCUGGAUGAUUUUGAACCAGCCCACCGAUCAAUAACAACCUUGGCAGCCAGCAGCAAGCUAGUGCUUGCCACUUUAACCCACGGUGCAAUUUUUGAGUAAACUGUCUGUCUUCCCACAACUACUCACAAGAUUAUACACAUCUUAAAAAUAACUUCCAGUUGAGACAGAAUGGGGCUCUCUAUGUUUUUUGAAAAAAUGUUUUGGACUUCAGCAUGGGAUUGUAGUUUUGUUUAGUUUUAGUUGUGAAAGAGAAGGAAGGCUUCCUUGUGCUGAAGGGUGUUUCUGUGUGCUUGACUGGGAGGAGUCACUGAGCUUCGUCAGUAAAAUAAUCCUAAAUUAACCCCAGUGGAGAUACAAUCAUUAACACGCAAGGUGCUGGCUGGGAGGAGUUACUGAACCUUGUAGUGCAAGGAACCUGAACUGGCACCAGAAAAAAAGGUCGUCCUUUUUCCUCUUGGAUGCCUGCGAAGUUUUGUGAUGUUUUUGGUUAACGUCAAUUUGUGUCUGUUAAUUUAGCUUCCUCGCACUGCCAGGUAAAAUUAAACUCCUCUGGCUGGUUCACGAUGAUGUCUUCGUCCAUGUUGUUGAAACAGAAAUAUUACAAAAAAUACCACUGCAAAAGCCAGCAGGGAAAACGAAAUGUCAGUCGUAAAAUACUUUUGUCCAUGAAAAUGGCCAAUGGAGUAGAUGGCCCUAUAGGUAUCCCAUUCCCUGAUCACAGCAGUGAGAUUCUCAGUUGUCUUAAUGAGCAGAGGAACUAUGGUUAUCUCUGUGACGUUAUCAUCAUUGUGGACGGUCAGGAAUUUCGGACCCAUCGAUCGGUCCUUGCGGCCUGCAGUCAGUACUUCAAGAAGCUUUUCACACUGGGAGCUAUUGUGGACCAACAGAAUAUUUACGAAAUAGACUUUGUCUCGGCAGAAGCGCUUUCCGCACUCUUGGAAUUUGCGUACACGGCAACCCUGACUAUAAGCACUUCGAAUGUAAAUGAGAUUUUAAAUGCAGCAAGACUACUGGAGAUCCAAUGUGUGAGCAACGUCUGCCAUGAUCUCCUUGUAUCGAAUGCCCUGACCAGCAAGGAGAUGGCAGAUUACGUAGAUCAAAUUGAUCAGCAAAACCUCCUUCGAGCAAAAGAAUAUCUAGAGUACUUCCAAAGCAGUCCAGCAAAUGGACAUGUUGACGGCCAAUGGGCAGGUCUAGAACUGAAAGACUUUCCAAGAGUGCACUUUAAAAACGGAGUUAGUGAGGAGCUGGGGCAUAAGCCUGAAGGAGCCUACGAUGAAAUGACGGAAAAUGAGCAGCCAACGGAAAUGGUGGACAAACCGGUGGCGUGGCUCAAGAGAGAGGAUGUCACCGGCCCUUCAUUUUCCCCCUCACAGAAUGGAGACUAUGGUGAGUUCCAUGUUCCGGAGGAAGAAGGGCUUCUGGAUCACCCAGCUAUGCAUCCAAACUUCACGCCUGCUGAAGAGGUAAAACCGGAGCUCAUCAACGAAGACGACGAGGCCCUUUCCUCCAGAGCCAUCCUCGAGCAGAUCAUAAACUCGGUUGAUGAAACAUACGACACCAAGAACUUGCCAAAAGAUGAGAAUGAACUUGAAUCAUACUUGAAUUAUUCCCUCGCGGUUGAAGGCUACUCCUCCUGGUCUAAAAAAGGCGAGAAGAAAGUGAGAGCAAAGGCAUUCCAGAAGUGUCCGAUCUGUGAGAAGGUGAUUCAGGGAGCUGGGAAACUGCCACGUCACAUCAGGACUCACACAGGAGAAAAACCAUACGAGUGUAACAUAUGCAGUGUCCGCUUCACAAGACAGGACAAGUUGAAAGUUCACAUGAGGAAGCACACGGGAGAGAAGCCCUACUUGUGUAUUGAGUGCGGGGCUGCAUUUGCGCAUAACUACGACCUGAAGAAUCACAUGCGCGUCCACACAGGCCUCCGCCCCUACCAGUGCGACUCCUGCUUCAAGACCUUCGUGCGCUCAGACCACCUGCACAGGCACCUUAAAAAGGAUGGCUGCAAUGGCACCCCCUCCACACGAGGGCGCAAGCCUCGGGUGAGGGACACCAGCGGCCUUGUGUCCGAAGGAUCAAACGAUCCUGGUUGCGGAGAGGGCACCCUGGAAGAGGGCGCCAACACAAGCAUGGAGUUGGAAGAAAACAGCAACCCGCCGCACUUUGACAACCAACCUGAAGAAAAUUGUUCCAAGGUUUUGGUGAAUGAAGAGUCUGAGAGGCUGAAUGUAAAUGAGGAUUUAUUUGCGGAAAGCAAAAGCCAAUUGUGUGAAAGCUAAACCAAAUGAUGGUAACAGGAAGAUGGGUGGGACGGGCAAGGUAAAGGGGCACAAAUCUUCUUCUAUUAGUAGUUCCUCAUCCUUUUUAAACGAAAAUGGGCAAGAAGGAUAUUUUUUUUUACUUUAAUUCAGAAAUAGCUUAGUAGAACAGUGCUAGACCUCUUGUUUUACAGUUUAGACAAAGGAAAUCACUGCUAGAAUCUUAAGUGGGAGUUGAUCUAUGCUACACUCUUCAAGCACUGGUUACUGCUGAGUAUUGAUCCAUGGUACAAAGUGAGAUGCUUGCUGACUGUCAGUGCAAAUUCUGUUAAUUGAUAAAUGUAUCAGCGACGAAGGCUAAUACAGGUACUUAUCUCGACAAUGCCAUAGGUUCCCAGUAUUAGCAUUGGUCAACUUCUAAUAUUAAUCAACUAGAAAGUAACGUUAAAUUAUGAUUUUUAAAAAAUUCAUAGUUUGGUGUAAGUAACUCUUUUUAAUGUUCAAAUGUAUGACUAUACAGUACAAACACAGGACAGGAACAGCAGUAACGAGAACAAUGAUGGUGAAAUAAGUUUCUUAAGAAUUUUUAAAAGAAAAUGUAGCUUUUUGUUUCAAAAGUCAGGUUCCAAGUCAUUUUUAUUUUUAAAACAAAAACCUUUUGCUAAUUUUGCAAACUGUUUGAAAUCUAAGAAUUUAGUCAUUUUUAAAAGAGCGUUUACUGAAUGUAUGGUGUGUGUGACAGUAGCGAAUUUGAAAGGAUUCGGGAGUGAGAUGGUAUGGGAAGGGCUUAUACCUUUUCAGGUGAGCAAUAAAUUUGGAAGGCCUAGCACUUUUAUACAGAGGGUUCCACCAUACAUGGAUCAGGACCCUUUGUAAAAAUGUUUACAAGAGAUAUCCCUAAUCAAUCAAAUAUGGAGAAAGGGAAAGGGUGAGAAAACUACUAAUUCUAUUUUGUAACAUAAUAAUUAUAUAGACCCUCUAAGCUCAUUGCACUUAUAGCCGAGAGCUUAAUUUGGGCUGGGUCAUACAAAGCCCUCGCCCAGUGUUGAUCAGUUUGGUCCAUAUGAGAAAGGAGGAAACAAUAGUGAGAUUGCAAAGUGACUUUAAGAAAUCAGGUUUUAUUUAAGUUUAAGGCAGAAAAUGUACAUUUUAUGGUUUUCCCUCUUUAAAAUCAUGAGAUACUGAGAAAUCCUAAAGGCCCAAUGUGUUAUGAAAAAAUAUAUUUAAUCCCAAUUCAUCAUUAAUAUUCACAUGGAUUUUGCUUUCAACUAACUGAAGUUAGCCACACAAUACACUUGCCUGGACUGACAUCCCUCAAACAAUUUUGGUUUUGUCAGAAUGCACCCAGCCAAGAAAAGGUGAAGACCAUUGUUGAAGUUUGAUUGUGACCCUCCAAGAUGAAACAUAUUUCUGUAAUGACUACUCAAAUUCUCGUAAAACAAUUUACUACCAAGUACAAUGCCAAAGGUAGCCAAACACACCCUACAAAAGUAUUUCAUAUCAUCCUAGCACAGUUGGAUUAGGAGAGUUUACUGACCCUUUAUUGAAAGUUGAGUUUUAACGAUAAGUGGGCAUUUAGAAGGGGAGAGUUCGAACAAGAUUUUUACAAUUAUAUUGUAAUUAAACCCUUAACUUUCAAUAAUAGAGCUUAUAAUGGGAGGAAAGCUUCCAAUCUCUAUUGAGUAAUCAACUGAAUGACCUCUUCAUCUGCCUGGUAUUUUGAUUGUUUAGCUGUGGCACCAAACCUGCUGUAGUAGGGCUAUUUCCCUUCGAAUCAUAUCUAGUCUCAUACGGCGAACUGAAGCAACAUUGGGUGUAUCGUUCUGGCUACCAAGUCCUAGUGUGGGUUUGUAAAUAAUAUGUAUUUCACUUAAUGAGAUUUUAUUUAAUGGAUUGACCUUUACUUUUUGAUAGUGAACUUGUGGGGCAGGUUGUGUAUUUCAGCACUGUAUGAAAAAGGAGGUGUUAGAGCUUAGAGGGAAAAGAGUGUUAGACACCACUACAGGCAAUCUUUACCACAUUCCUUCCUUUUGCACUAAAACAGAUUUCAGUGUGCAGUAGCAGGCACAGCUAGCUGCAGAAUAUGCCUUCUGCAUGCAUUUCUGGUUAGUGAAUAGUCCAGCAAGGUCAAAAUACCAAGUCAAAGCUCAAUUUUAUGUUGGGUUCAGAAUAUUUUGUCAUUUUCAUACACGGCAUAGACGCUCUCCAAUACGCUAUCUUUGGGAGUUGUAUAAAAUGUGUUUGAACAAGGUGUGUGCUAUGAACGGGGUUGGUAGCUCUCUUUAUAUUUAAAUUUUUGUUUUAAAAUAUGGUUUCUCAGUUAUAGGGAAACUACUUUGGAAUUUUUUCAAAAAAAUAGAUGCAUAUUUUAUGCAGGAAUGUGGUACAUUUGAGGGUGUUCAAAUUAAAAGGCCCGUUAUGUAAUUGUAAUCUUCCAUUUAUCCCAAUGAGCAGUGAUGAAUUGUCAUAUAAAUCAUAGACUAACAUUGUAUUUGGAAUUCUCAUGAAACACAGCAUCAGUUUUUCUUUCUUUUGUACUUGUGGAGGUCUAGAAAUGUAUGCACCAUUAAACUGGACUUGCUGAGUAGCUAUAACUUGAAGUCAGGAUGAGAGGCAUAUCCUUUGCAGAUACUUGUGCCCCUUGGCCUUAGUAGAUUUUAAAUGAGCAGAGAGUUUAGUGGAUAGCCACAUAAAUGGGGGUAAUUAAAUACAAAUGUACAUAUAAUAUAUUAAACCUCUCCUUUUCUACUUUCCUUGACCUAAUCCAUCCAAUCUCUAUCCCUGUGGAGCUAUGUCAAAUCACUGGAUUAUUAUAAACUGUUCCGCCUGCUUUCCUUCCUGUUCUGGCAAUUUGUUUUAUUUGAUCUUGAUUUUAUUAUGCUCUCCUAUCAUAACCAUCCCCUUGGUGCGUUCAACCUACUGAAGCCAUACACUAACAUUUAAAUUGUCGGUUGAACUUUUUGUUUCUUGAUAACGGAAGGAAACCAAAAAUUGGGUUUCUGGUGCUGUUGAAUCCCAGGUUGUGAAUGGCUUUUCCUCUUUAAGCACAAGACGUGUAUCCUGAGGAAGAUCUACAUAUACCAGACACCUAGCUGUUGCAUCCACUUUUGCUUAAAUGAAGUUGGGGUGUUUACCUUCUCCACUGUGUGUGGUGAUGGAUUCCAGUGUGUUGAGGAAGACUCCGCCAAUCUCAGUCCCAAAUCAAAACCAUCUUUCAUUAGUUGGAACAUGGGUCUCACUUCAAACACUGUAACUGCAUAGACUUAACAUAAACAAAAAAUUCUGGCAACUAAAAGUGAUGGUAAUGACGAAAAGAUUUAUUUAGAGAAAUGGAAUCGUACAGACUGAAAAAGGCUCUUUAACCACUGUGUGGAAUCCACACUGACCACCAAACAACCAUAUACCCGGAUCCUACAUGAGUCCCAUCCUAUUCACCUCACAUUCCCACUAUUUCUCAGCCCCAGAUUCUAACAGUCGCCAAUACGCUAGGGACAACUUGCAGCAACCAAUUAACCUAGCACUCCCCUCAUCUUUGGACUGUGCAAGGAAACAAGAACGCCUUGGAGACACCCACGUGGUGACAGGGAGAACAUGCAAACUCCCUGCAGACAGCACCUAAGGUCAGAUUUGAACCAGGGCAGCUGAAAAAAACGAAUUGAGGCAGCGGCUCUGGUGGCUGCAGAUUCUACUUCCUCCUCUCCCUAAAUAUGUAAUAAAUAAUUAGAUUCACCUAUACAUUGCAGGAGCUAUUUCAUCCAAGUAUCUAUCAUUAAAUCACAUUUACCCCAGCCAACUCAUUUGAUUUGCAGACCAUGAGAUGAACUUUCAGAUAUCUGUUGAUCAGCUAGCACCGCACUUGUAGCAGAUGCUGUGACAGGCAACUGCCUCAGUCUGUCUUGGUGCUUCUUUGGGUAUAGGGUCACCAAAUUGGCCAAGCAUGCUUUGGAGAGUUUCUUCAUACCAACUACCACAAACUGGCCAAACAGAUCGUCUCAACUUGCAUUGUAUAGCACCUUUCAUGUGGUAAUCUAUCCCCACCCCAGCACACCCAUGCGUUUUGUAACCAGACAAAAUUUGAUUGUAGAUUAUUUGGAGAGAUGUUAGGAUACUAAGACAUUAGGAUACAUGAACAAGGCUUGACUAAUAUGUUCAGUUUUGCUCUCUGACUCCUUGAACAUUUUAAGGAUGUGAUAAAGGUGGAGAUACAUCAUAAUGCUCAAUGAUAACAAUAAAUAAAAUUACUCAAGAAAAUGAAAAAUGCACACUUUUUAUCGUUAAUCCCAUGAGACGUAAGAAUAGUUUUGAAAAGUUGACGGCCCUAUUUCAAAAAUGGGUGGAUACAAGUCAGGGCAGUGCCAAUUACAAUUGGGCUCCCGGGGGCUGGAACCCACAAGUCUGUGCUGGAGGAAGUGACGAAUGAUGAUCAUGUGGUAUCCACCAGUGCUAAUAUCACAUGAUCCUGAAUACAUCCCCUUCAGCUAAAUGUGGUCAGGAUUGCUUUACCAGCACAUGCAGCCGCUUUCGGUUUAAACAUUUUAAAUCUAUGCCAAUUCAUUUGAUCAGAUGGCUGAACAAGGCUUGCCCAGGCUUUGGGAAAACUGAGUUUGAUGUCACUUUAUAUUUGAUCAGCAUCAGAUGGGAGAUUGCCUCCUCCAGGGUAUUUGAAUGUUUCUCUCCAGAAUCAGAUUGGCUCCAACUCCAGAGUUAUAUUUCACCUUUAAAAUUAAGCUGUAGUGUAAACAUGCUCCAUAACUAUUAAAAGCCUCUGUUUUGGCAUAGUUUCAGCUGUGGUUCCUUGGAAGAUCACUAAUGAACCCGUUUAGCAGUUGUAAGUAGUUGCUAGGUUUUAUUUACUGGCGCCACAUGAAUAGUAAUUCAGAAAACAUUUCUGUUGAGGAAUUUUUAUUAUUUCUAAUGAGUUUUAGAUGGAUUAACGAAAACAUUUUUUUGCACACUGUUAAGCUAACCUUUUCCCAAUCCUGGUUUACCAUAUUGUACACUGAUAACGACUGACAUUUAAUAACCUUUAACAAUGUUUGAUUUGUUAGAAUCCAGAAACUGAAACAUUACAAGCUAUUUCCAAGUAUUUUAUACUAACAUUGGCACAAUACAUUGGAAAUAUUAUAGGGUUGAUCUCCCCCUGUUGGUCACUAAAAGCACCAAGUGUUGCUUCAUACUCCCUAACACCAAGUGAAAGAAUGAGGUUGAUUUGAUCACAAAAUAGCAAUUAAUAUAAUUAAUUUCUGUUUCAAUUCUGAAAAUAGUCUAAUCUUUUAAAAUGUUGUACAUUUUACCCAAUCCUGGGAAUUGAAUCUUGCCCCUCCACUUCAUAUCCCAAUGUAAUCAAACGUUGGAAAUGCUACCACAGUUUAAAAUUAAUAUCUUAUUCCUUAUCACGUUCAUUUAGAAUCUCCCUCCAGCCUGAAAUGUUUUCUUUGACAUACAGUGACAUGAGAAUUUGCAAUCACAAGAAAUACUGUCUAGUGUAUUGAUAUCAUAUUUUACAAUGAAUACAUUUAAUUCACAUUGACAGUUUAUCAUUUGGAAGUUUCACUGAAAAAUCAGCUUGAAUGAUCUGAAAAAACCAAAUGGGGCAUUUUGCAGGGGGUGCAACAAAACUGACUACACGUGAAAAGUGGACAGGCUAUUAGGAAUGAUUAGAAAAUCUUAGUGUUUGCAGUCUAAAGUCACAAUAAAACGCAUAAUAAAUAAAUCACUAAAUAGAAAAUGCUGAAAACAUCCUGCAGGUCAGACAACAUCCAUGGAACCAUGUUUCAGAUCCAGGACCCAUCGUCGGAACAAUUUCAUCAUUUAGCAGUAGAAACUGAUGAGUCGUCAUUUUAUUUUUGACCAGAAAAUAAAGCUAUUAGCUCAGAAUGAUAAUGUUUUGUAAGAUCCUGUCUGAAGCAAUGUGAGAGGUAGAAACUACUGAGAGAUUUUGAGAUACAGUUGGAUGCAACACCAGGAGAGUCAAUGUAUUUGGAAAAUGAUCUUUAUUGGGAUUGAUGGCAUUGCUGCACCUCCUGUGUUUAAAGUUUCUCAGCCUUCCUAAAUGUUAUUUAACAUCUGAGAAAGUGUGGAAGCUACACGGGAUUAAAAAAAAAUUAACUGUUGUGUUUCAUGAGUUUCCCUUUAUUCCAAAAUCCAAGCAAAGGAGCUUAGUUGUAAGGUGGCAUGGUGUGCGUAAUACAUUGCCAAAGCACCGAGGGAACAUUCCAUACUUUGUGUGCAUCGAAUCUGAAGCUGGGUAUAGGGAAAAAGAUAAUAUAAAAAUUGCACUUUGGGCUAUUGGUAAAUCAUGUUGUAAAUAAAACCACUAAAUUAAUCAGCAUAGUCCAAAAUACAUAGUUUUUUUUAUACUGAAAAAUCCAAAGAAAUUGAGAACUGUUAUGCAUCUAUUGUACACUUUGAAAUUUCCUGCCCAUUAUUUUGUUUCCAGUUUUAAGUUUCAUAUCUUUCAUUUGACUGCUGCACAACCUUAUAAAUUUUACAACAAAGAAAUCCAACAGGCAACAUUUAAAUUAUAAAAUACACAAGCAAAAUAGGGAGCAUGUGAAGAUUACAGGAUUUUACUCUACACAAUUGGCAGCUUGGGAAUGUUUGGAGACUUGUAUUUAUAAUAAUGCGCUUUGGAAUAAAAGCAGGGCUUUGGGAAUC